AUAAAGAUGUUAUUUUAGUCAGCAAAGUAUGUUUACGUCAACCGAGCGUUAGCAUUAGCCGUUCUAUGGGGAAUUCCAUUAAACGUUAGCAUGAAGCUAGAGGACUUUAGCAUUUAUGUGCUAAAUCGAUUUAUAUUUUUGUGGCUCAAUUUUUGAUUUAUUAAGCUUAGAUCGAUUCACAUCAUUUUUAUCAACCCAACCCUAGUAAAACAAUAGAUGUGAUUCCAGAAAACUACAAGAAAUGGCUGGAAAAAAAUGGUACAAGAAAACGAUUGCCAAGAUUUCAAGGUUGGUUGCAGAAACAGAAGGCUUGCAUCAUAAAAGGAAGACAUGAUUGGAGAGACAGGUGUGAAGACGGCUUUGCACCGUGACUUCUUGACUUCUUCACAUGGACGGCGCAGAAGCACCAAGACGCAACAAUCAUGACCCAAGUGUUUGUUGUGAGGACCAUCAUCUGAAGAGAACCUGAAGGAAGGGAAGUUCGAGGGCAGAUUCAAGAAGAUCCCCAUGGAUUCACCUGACAACAAGUAUCAGCAGGAUCUGCAGGAUGGAGGACUUCCCUUCAGCGCACACGGAGAACUCCCUGAAGAUGCAGAAUAAAAAGUGCUCCUAUCCAGUGUGGGAGGACUUCAGCGCCAAGGCCACCAAGCUGCAUUCACAGCUCCGAACCACAGUGUUGGCGGCUGUGGCCUUCCUGGAUGCCUUUCAGAAGGUGGCAGACAUGGCGACAAACACCAGAGGGGCAACCAGAGACAUCGGCUCGGCGCUGACCAGGAUGUGCAUGAGGCAUCGCAGCAUCGAGGCCAAGCUUCGCCAGUUCACCAAUGCGCUGAUGGAAAGCCUCAUCGCUCCUCUCCAGGACAAGAUUGAGGACUGGAAGAAGACGGCCAAUCAGCUGGACAAGGAUCACGCCAAAGAGUACAAGAGGUCACGCCACGAGAUCAAGAAGAAGUCAUCCGACACCAUGAAACUGCAGAAGAAAGCUCGCAAAGAGCUGCAGGGCCGAGGCGACCUGCAGCCCCAGCUGGACAGCGCCGUGCAGGAUGUGACCGACAUGUGUCUGCUGAUGGAGGAGAUGGAGAAGCAGGCGGUGCGGCGCGCUCUGGUGGAGGAGAGGGGUCGCUUCUGCACCUUCAUCGGCUUCCUGCAGCCUGUGGUGAAUGGAGAGAUCGCCAUGCUGGGUGAGAUCACUCACCUGCAGGCCAUCAUCGAUGACCUCACCGUUCUGACCACCGAUCCACACAAACUGCCUCCUGCCAGCGAACAGGUCAUUAAAGAUCUGAAGGGGUCAGACUACAGCUGGUCCUAUCAGACGCCGCCAUCGUCCCCGAGCAGCUCCGGUUCACGCAAGAGCAGCAUGUGCAGCAGCGCCCACAGCAGCGCCUCCCGGUCAUCAGGGGGAGGUGUCAGUUCUGGUGUCGGAGGUGGAGGCGGCUCCCAGCCACACUCUCCCACCUCCUCCUCCUCCUCCUAUCGCCACCGCAGCAGCCUGCCCCUGCAGCCUCCCCCUCCGGGGGGCAUCGCCGCCCACCGCCUCAGCAGCGUCUCCUCCCACGACUCCGGUUUUGUGUCCCAGGACGCCAACAUCUACUCCAAGCCUCCCUCACCGAUGCCGUCAGACAUAACCAGCCAGAAAUCCUCCAGCUCAGCUUCCUCAGAGGCGUCAGAAACGUGCCAGUCUGUCAGUGAAUGCAGCUCCCCCACCACUUUUGGCUCGUCCUUUGCUACCUUCCGCCCCGCUCUCUCUCACUCUGGCUCCACCCGGCCUUUCUCUGUCAUUCUCCCUGUUCCUGCGUCCCCACCCUUUAACCGCCCCCCCGGAUCAAGCUCUUCCUCUCCCACAUCAAAGGUUCCCAUGUGGAAGGAUUGGUCCAAAGCAGCUCAGUAUGAGCCGCCUGCGGCUGCUGCACCCGUUCAGAGGAGGAAAGAGCCGGUGGAGAGGCCACGGGAGAGCGAGGGAUCACCGGGUUCCCAGGGGUACGCCGGAGCUGCACACCCCGAAGACGUGCAGAGGCCCAGAAUGACGCCGGCUACAAUCGCUGCCAAGCAUGGCGAGGAGGUUUCUCCGGCGGCCAGCGACCUGGCCAUGGUGCUGACCAGAGGACUGAGCAUGGAGCAGCAGAAGAGCAGCAGAGACUCGCUGCAGUACUCCAGCGGCUACAGCACCGAGACCACGACCCCAUCCUGCUCCGAGGACACCAUCCCUUCACAGACAGGUUCCGAUUACGACUGCUACUCUGUGAACGGCGACACCGACGGUCCUGACGGACAGACGGAGUUCGACAAGUCCUCCACCAUUCCACGCCACUCCAACAUAGCCCAGAACUACCGUCGGAUGAUCCAGACCAAACGGCCCGCCAGCACCGCCGGCUUGCCCAGUGGGGUUCUGGGUCCGGGAUCUCAUGGAAUACCGGGACAAUCCGGAGGAGCAGGGACUCCCGGCACCGCCACCAUCCGCCGAACGCCGUCCACCAAACCGGGAGUCAGGCGCACGCUGUCCAGCGCUGGUCCCAUACCCAUUCGACCACCCAUCGUGCCUGUUAAAACACCCACCGUUCCCGCAGACUCGCCCGGCGCGGGCGGGGCCCACGCAGGCGGCGUGCCGGUUCGCGUCGGCAGCGAGGAGUGCGUGUUCUUCACUGGAGUCGAGGACACCCAAGGGGGCUUCGACUACGUCAAGGCCUCGCCCAAGCGCCUCAGCCUGCCUAACACCGCCUGGGGGUCGGGAGCAGCCUUAGAGGUCUACGCCCAGCAGCACGGGGGGCUCGCCAUGGCGGCGGGCUCCGGAUCGGAGGAGGAGCAGAUGAUCGCGGCCAAUCGGCACAGCUUGGUGGAGAAGAUCGGCGAGCUGGUGGCCAGCGCGCACGCCCUCGGCGAAGGGCAGUUCCCCUUUCCCGCCCUCCCGGACGACCCCGCCCCUGCAGGGACUGCCCCCUCUGACGCUCAGACAGGGACCGAGGGGGUGGAGGGGUCCGGUGACAUGCUGACUACUAUCAGAAGAGGAGUCCGGCUUCGCAAAACGGUCUCCAACGACCGCUCGGCUCCUCGCAUUUUGUGAUGGAAGAGGAGGUCGUCUGCUGCUGGCGGGGGCCAGGCGGGGUAACCCAACCACCUAGUACAUCCACACAAACGUAACCACGUAGGGACAUCUAGAGUACAACAGAAGAUGAAAACAAAAACCAUGAACAAAGAUGAUCCUUUAGAGUCAACAAUGUAACGAGAAAAAAUAAUGUUAGCCGCGCUGACGGCGGGAAGGAAUCAUUAAUCUUAACUGGCUGCUAGCGGGCCUCUAUAACUAGUGUGUGUUGGACGCAUGUCUGUCUUCUGUGCACCCUCAGCCUGGGGUGGAGAGACUCAAACACAAAAAGAAAAAAAAAGAAGGAAACGGUUGUGUUCUGUGCCAACAUGCCCCCCAAUAUACCAGAAGAUGGGGCAAGACCGAGGGAGGAGUCGGAGGGCCUGAAAGCCCGGCAGACUGAAGCUUCGGUUCUGGUUCGGGGAGCUAAUGAGACUCUUGGAAGAAGUGCCGUUGGCAUUGAACCGUUCCAGCUCCGCCUCCCUCGGAGCGAGCGAGUGCGUGCGUUUUAGCAAACGGACAAAUGUGGAUCGAGUGUACGGGUGCCUGUGAUGCGUGCGCGUGGAGGUGGGUGGAGCUCUGCUGCAGGACAGCUGAUCACCCAACGAAGGCGGGGCUUUUUCUGCUGUGUGUCGUCUGUGUGUGUUCUCUUGUUUAUAUUGUGACGUCCCUAACUUGUUACCACUGUAUGAGUAAUCCAGGCUCUCUCUCUCUAUAUAUAUAUAUGUCUAUAUAUAUGUGCAUAUAUAGACAUAUAUAAAUAAAUAUAUUCAUAUAUAUAUAUUUUCUAAAACCAGAGAGAUGUUAAAUCAGAAAUGGAGCAAUAAAUGUGUUUAUUUUCUUGUUUUAGACGGAGGAUUUUCCAUUUAGGCAAUCAUCAGGAAAUUACACAUCGACUGUGAAUUCAUGCGUGUUUUGAUUUGAGUUUUUUCGUUUUUUUCAUACCCCCCCGUCUACAUUUGGUACGUGAAAUGGGUUUUUGUAAAAUGGAAAACUGUAAGCACUUUGAUGGGGUAGAGUAUGUAAAAUAGCCAGUAGGUGUUGCUGUAGUCUCGCUGUGUGAUAGAAAGAGUGAGGAAGAAAAAGAGCGAGGAGGAGGAAGUGAUGAAGAUUAGCAGACGUGGAGCGGUUGGUCGAAUGGAAGGCGGGAUUGGAAAGUGGCCCAAAAUAUGAAUUAUUUAAAGCAGGAAGUGUUGGAGAUGUUCACCUGGUGUGGAGUUCAUCAAACUGUUUUCAAAGUUAGUACAAAUACACAAUAAUCACAUGUGACUGAGUUUAUCUGCCUAAUUUUAGCAAGAGCUCCGUUGAAAUGAAAGCGUUAUCGCCCUUCAGUGCUUAUUUAUUUUUGUCUAAUAUGACUAUAAAUGUUAGGAGGGAAUUUCUUUAAUGUUUUUUUUUAUUUCAAGAAUUCGUUUUAUUAAAUUAAAUUACAUUUAACUAUUCAACACAAAAACUUGAAGUUUUCUCACGGAACAUUUCAUCCCACUCCGAUCAUUUUUUGAUCCAUUUCAAAGCAUUCCCAGUAGUUUUAAUCACGGUUUUCCCGAUUUUAGCCAAAAUCAAAAAACCGGAGGUUGAGUUGAGGCUGUUGGUGCGGAGCGAUCCCGCCCCCCCUUCCCUACUAGAGCUCGGAGCAGGAAGCCUGUGACCUUUUUAAGUGCUACAAAAGUCCAACUCUCUCAACCAAUAAAACUACACAUUUUAAGAUAUAUCAAACUUAAAUUAGAAUUCAAAGUAAAAAAUAUUUUUCCAUUAGAGAUAUCACCAAAAAUAAGAUGUUUUUAGAUUCAGUUGUCUCAACAUCCUAUUAUCUUAUAUCAGGUGUAACACAAGAAACUAGACAAAAUACGUUUUAUUUGUUUGCAGUUUUGACAGGUUAAAUUGUAGAUUAAUAAUCGAUCUAAGCCUUAGCUUGAUGCUAACGUAGAAUGGGAUUUCCCAUCGAACGGCUAAUGCUAACGCUCGGUCGAUCCUGCGAUCAUUUCCAAACUUCCUUUUUUUUCAUCCGCUCCUGAUUCACAACGGAUUGAAAAAAGAAAAACUCAAUUUAUUUAUAAUAAUAUAUGUCCUCCAUCAUAAAAAAAGUGCUGCAAGAACAUGUUAAAACCACAUUUCUUUAUCGAAGUGGGUCUUUAAAUACGGAAGCCGAAAAACGCCCUACUUGAUUUUUUGUGAUUGUUUUCGUGAUAACGAGAUCCACUAUAGUGCUCCACAGAAAAACUAAGCAGUUUAUCAGAGAAAAUGUCAAACACCAGAAAAACUGAUCCAUUUAUAAUUGAUGGAUUUCAUUGUUUUCUGAGAAACUUCUUCGUUUUCUGCAGAUCGUAUAAAAGGGAAACAAGUAUUGUAUUGAGUUGGGCUGAGUGGCUGUUUGAGUUCGGAGCUCAGUGAACGCAUCACGCAUUUCUGCCAAUCAACCUGUUUGUUUCAGGGAAAUGGGGGGGGGGGGCAUGGGACAGAGGUUUGAGAAGCUUAGAUCCAUUAAUAAAUCAAAAAAUAGACUAAAAAAAGCAACUUUUGGGCAGUGCUUUCCUUUGCUAUUUUUGUUGUUAACCACAAAAUAAAGAGACUAAAAUCAGGAGAGAAAUCCUGUGAUAAUGAGAAAGUGUAUCUCAUUAUCACGAGAAAACGAUUAACAAAAAGGAUUGUAGGGCAGGCCCAUUUUGGCUUUUGUACUUCAUUUUUGCAUUGCACAUCGUAAUGCUCAUUUGAUAAAUUUGUGUUAACGUUAUUAGACACUCAAGUUUAAACAUUUCCCAAUUACAUUUAGAAAAAUAUCUUCAAGCAUUGUUAAAGUCUUUAAAGACGACCUGCUUCCAUUUUAUUCUUCCAGUUAUUUGUCAUGUUUUGGCACAAAAUCAUUCUCUUCUAAAAAAAAAAAAAAAUGGAACAAAAUUAAAAAAUUUAAGAAUAAUUUAAUAUAAAAGUAAUGCUGGAUGCUCGAGAGUUUUGAUGACAUUUUUUUUAACUAAAACGGAGAACAAUAACUAUCAGUAAUCAUUAGGACUUAGAAGUUUUGCUGCAGUAGUUCUGUCUGUUUAUUGGUAGAAACUAAGAGGAGAUGUUUUUGCUGCUUAAAAGAAACCCCAACUCUUCAUAAAUGAGCACAACAGUGUUGUUAGCCAACAGAAUAUAAUGUAACCUCAUUCUAGUCAUUUAUAAAUUAAAUAUUUCACAAUUCUUUUUCUCAUAUUGGUAAAAAAAAAUUAAUUUUGAGAUAAAUGUUACAGAGAGCACAUAAAACCGCUCCGUAUAAAAAAGUUUGGUGCCAACGAUGUAAAUAAAAUCGUGAUCUGUGGUUUCAGAAUCCACAAAGACAGCAGGAUUAGAAGGAUUGGAUCAGAUUUUAAUCCAACUUUAUUCUCUAGUGUAGAUGAGAAGAGUUGUUGGAACAUUUUUACCAGUAGUCGGAGAAUAUCACUGCCUGAUGGUGUUCUGCUCAGGCUGACGGAGAACACACAUCUCAUAAUCUGCUUCAAUAGUACUGUAAAAAGUCUUAUUUUAUUUUAUGUUAAAAAAAAACCUGUGGAACAGUGAUGUUGGAUGAAUGGGAAGAGAAUGAGUGUAUGUAAACUUUCCAUUUUUUAUUCUAGUCAGCCAGAAAUCUCUGCUUCCUUAUUUAUUUAUUGAUUAUAGCAUUUUAAAAUGGAACAUUAGGAUAUUUUAGUUAAAGAUUGGAAAUGCUCAUUAUCCUCCAAACAACCUGUUAGAAUAAAGUAAAGAUGUUGCAACUGCAAAGUCAGUUUUUUUCAGUUCCUGGAGAGCAACAGAUGAGCAGCUUGCAGGUUCCGUGCAUGAGUUUGACACAGGAAACCGCUGCACCACCUCUCCCUCCGUAAACCUGCACGGCUCAACAGAAAUCUGCCAGAUGAGGUGAGAAAAAAAAAAAAAACACCUCGUGAAGCCUCAUUAAGAAUUAACACCACAUGCAGUGUUGAAUAUUUCAUUAGCAGCACAGAAAUGAAUACAUUUAAGAGGACUGUAGUGUUUUAAAGUGUUAAAUGAGCUGUAAGCUCACUAAAAAUGUUUCAUCAUGUCAGUUUUCUAGGACUAAAUGGGAAGACAUAUGACUGGGUUGAAUAUUUACAUGCGUGCCGGCAUGCAUACACAAACACAAACCUUUGGUCUUUACCUGACAAGCUGCAGUUUUAAUGCAAAACUGAACUUUCAAUGAAAUUCUGAUAUUUGGAGACUUCCCUUAUUCCUAAUGCUAACUAAUAUUGUAGUUUUUCAAAGUUGUUCUGUCAAUCGUUUCAGCUCAGACGUUGCAACAAUAAACAUAUCCAUGCUAAAUAGUAAGUAAAAAAACAAAAAACAUUUUUUUUAAACCUGUAAUUGGACAGUUUUAUGAAUAUAAGGAGGUUAUAAACAUUUUAUUAUUUUAAUUAUUAUUACAUUUGCUUAUUAUUAUUUUCUUUAUAUGACGUUUCCCUCAAGUUUAACAAAACCAUUUUUGAACUAAUUAACCAAUUUCUUUGAAUUUAACUGAAACAAAAAGUUGCAUUUGCAGAAGUGCAUCAUGGGUAAUCAUGGUGUAAUUCAGGAGCUUAUUAUUGCCGAAUUAUGUCCGAAUUCCCACCCUAAUCCCUAACUAUUAUAAACCACACAGUUCAGGACUAUCUAGUGUCCUGGAUUUUUAAAAGCAAUUCAGACAUCAUGCUCACUACUUUCCUUUUCUUUUUUUUUUUUUUUUCUUAAUGGCAAAUAUGACGUCACUGAUUUCACAAAGUGGAAAUCUAAUCAAUACGAGCAUUUCUGGACAUCUAUUUAUGGGGAUAGUCUAUUAAAAAUUAUAUUUAAACCCUUUUUUUUUCUAAAUAUUACUCAAACGCAAUGUAUUAUGGUCUAUAUUCGCUAAUGUAAUGACCAUUGAUGCACCCUAGUUUUUUUCCGCAAAGACUUCUGGGAAAUUUCUUGGCAACUCGAUUUUAGAAUCGUAGAUUCGGACAGCAAUAUAAAAGGGAAAACGCACUUUAUAGUGAGUAGGGGAGGAAUUCGGACAUCCAUUGAUUUACAGCAGGUCGUUUUUUUUCUUUUUCUCUUUCAGGCAAUAGCACCCCCUAAUGAUCAGUUGUUGGAAGUGCAGCAUUUGUUUUCGUCCAUUUUUGUUUUCUGAUAGGAGUGCCGUGAAAGUAACCCAACCAGACGUAAGGAGGCCUUUAUCUGAGGCCUUUAUCUGCAUUUCUGCCCAUAAAAUUAGAUUAUCGUGAUGUCAAAUCUCCCUUCCACACACAGAUUCCGUUCAGAUGAUUGAAGUUCAGAUGAUUGAAGUUCCUGUUUGCUGAGGUUAGUUUCUUAGAUCUCAGCGGAUGAAUGUAUGUUUCACAUCUGUAGGUGCAGAGCGGCACGCUAACAUCUUUACAUGCAGAGCAACAGAAGCUGUCUUCCUGGCAAACUGAUGGAUUUCAAAGACUUGUCAACUCCCAGCUGAAUGCCAGAUUACAUUUUAAUUAAUAGUGAAAAGGCUUUUUUCAUAAAGGCAUCAUUCUGGCAGAGUCUCAAGAGUAGCUUAUAUGACUUGUGAUGGUUUCUCAGUGAGCAUCUGUCGUAUUAAUGGCACUUAAAGGAACAAGAAUGGCUCUGCAUCGACUCAAAACAAGCUAUUAUAAACCUGCGAGGGGUCUUUUAUAACUGCAUUUUGGCUUAGACUGACAAACCCACUCAGAAUUGAAGCAUUUGAGCCGUAAAGAGCUAGAGGUCAACCUGUGACCUUCUUUCAAGUGGUGGGGGUGUGGACUUGCAACAAUCUCCCUCCUGAUUGGUCAGAGCGGUUGCUGGUGGUUACUGUCUGGAUCCAAUAUGGCGGCGUUUGUAUCCAAUAUGGCAACUGAAAUGGCUUCCUUUGGUUAAACCAUUUUCUAUGAGAUCUGUAGAUGCCGUUUUUGUUUCGUGUUUGAUGCUGAUAGAUUCUUCAUUUCACAACUAAAGAAAAAAAAAGUUUCAUAAAAAUCUGUUUGGUAGAGGCUGAUGUCUCAUUUUGCCCAGAUGUAGCCUCAUUUAAUCAAAACUCGAGUCUCAGAUGACCGACUUGUCUUGGCUUGAAUUGCAGUGGACCAGCCUCCGAUCCGUUUCCGUGGUAACGGAGGUUCACAGGGAGCUGGAAGGGCUCCACGGCGAGCAUUUGCUCGCAGCAGGAUCUCACCGUCAGAAAUCUGUGUACAAAUUUGUGGAUAACAGCUCUGUGAGUUGGGACUUGUUUUUUUUUAUUUAUUUAAAUAAAAACUGCACAAAAAGUUGUUCAUAAGGAUUUUAGAACCAAUACGAAGCCGUGUUGAUAAAUGGGUUUUAUUGAACAUCUUUUCAAAAAUAACCAGAGUUCCAGUGAAGUGUGUGUCUGAGUGAGAGCGUGUUUGUUGCACAAAGACACAUGGUUGAGACCCCCACUGUUCCUCCAUUCCACCUCCCACUCACAGUCUGUCAGUCCUUCCUGCUGAAGAAAGCCAUCAUACGUUCACACACACUCGUCUGAAGCAAACAUGACAAAAGGUAAAGUCUCGGCGGCCGCAUCAGGGUUCAUGGAGGUCCUCAUGGGUGCUCGUGAUGUAACUCGCUGCAACUUCCUGUCAAACAGAACAGAGUGGUCCAAACAGCCUCCGAACUGAAUGUCUUACUGUCUGUUCUCAGUACCGUCUCCUUCUCCGCUCCUCUUCUUCCUCGACAUCUGAAAGAAAUCUUGACAAAUCUCGCCACCGAGGCGGUUUCUACGGGGCUGCAGUCUUCACGGUGACAGAGACCUGCUUCAUCUUUACGAAUAAACAUGUUUAGCCGGUAGCCCCUCUGUGGUCCUGUCUCUAUUUUUUAUCUCUGAAUUUUAAGGCUUUUUUUCCUAUAAUUUAUUGUGAGUUCAACGGUCGCCUCCAUUUUUGAAGAUAACGUUUCCUUUCCUGUCUUCCUUUUUUUUGUAAAACUGACCCUCAUUUGUUAACUUUGGUCACUGCUAAUGUAACAAAACUCACUGUGAUGAUUCCAGUAUUAAUAAAAGUUGUACUUAAACUGUG